AUGCAGGGGAAUAAGAAACACGCUGCAGACGGGCAGAGUGACGCCUCGAGCAUCGGGAGCCUGCUGGACGACACCGACAGAGAGGUGUGCAGCCUCACCGACCGAGCUUUCAAAAGCCUGUGCGUGGCUGAGCUUCAAGCACCUUACACAGAUGUAGAUCCUGUUGUGGGGCCACCCAACAUCUCCCAUCAGUUCUCUAGCAAAUUCUUUCACGGCCCCUGGGAUUAUGCCCUCAGGAGAAACACCAACUUCCACAAGCAACUCUCGAAAAAGGAGCACGCAACAUUCCUACUUUCCAAAGUUUCUACCAACUCCAAAACUCAUGAAGAUAAAAAGUAUUAUCUAGUCAACCCAAGCAUAAGAAGAAAACUGGAUCUGCCGCCACUGUCUGAUCUGCACAACUGUACACACAUCUCAAAAGUGUCUUCUUUGAUCAAGACCUUCGAUAAGGUUGACAAUCAGGUCUCCCUUCUGCUAACCAGGCAGCCAGUCAACCAUAGUUUGACAGAAGGUCCAUUGAUAUGUGGGGACGAUAUGGCUCUCUGGAGUGGCAGAAGAGUUGUAAACAUCCCAAAGGGGAUCCCUGAACUUCCCGACCCAGAUCCAAACCAAGGAAAUCCAAGUGACAAGCGCAAAGGAUUUAGCGAAAUAGAUCUGGUCUAUCAAAGCCUGCCUGCCUCCCAUCCUUCCCAAGCAAACGUUUCGAAUACACCCAAGUUCAGCAUCUCUAACAAGACGGUGAAAACCAGAAGUGAAAAGGCGAAAGAAGCAGCCAGAAAAAGCAGCUUUCUCCACAGUGAAAACAGCGCUUUUGAGUCAUGGAAGGCACACCAUAAAAAAAUAUUUGGAAUGGGAGAGGCGAUGCCCGCGGAGGGCAGCCUCGGUUGCUUCGAGGAAGCGCCUUUCUUCACGAGGCCUCGCGUUUCUGAGCCGAAGCCAAUAGGUGCCUUCAUGCUAGAAGGAAACUUCUCUGGCGACUCUUCGCCACAGUCUCUCUCCAAAGCCUCCCUUUCUUCGGUGCCUCCGGCAGACGGGUAUUUCCCUUCUCCGGCCGAUGCAACGUGUACCGUUGCCCCACAGCUCUUAGCCCAGGGACUUGCACCUGUGUACGAGGGUCCUUCUCCAACCUCCCCAACAUCUACCACGCUUUUCCCCCCAAGAAUGUCCCUCUCCAUCCCAGUGUCCAAGGCGCCACUCCCCCCAUCGCCUUUCCCUCAACUCUCUCCCCCUCCAGAAGCCGCAUUCCACCCCACUGAUACGCAGGGAAUGCUGAUGCCCCAUGUGACUGGACUAGCAGAGAAACCCACCAAGCCAGAAUUUGCACUUAGGGUAGGAAAUGGCGGCCCUCCACCCUGGAGGAAACAAAAAGCUACUCUUGGUAGAAUGAAAGCGGCAGAAGUCAGAGCAGCCGAAGCGUUAGACCUGAAAGAUUCCCCAUACGGAAAGCCCCCUGAGGUUGCCCCUUUGGUCGGAAGAGCUGCGCCCGAGUCACAGGUGACCUUGCCCGAUCCUCCCUUCGGCAUCUCGGCCCUCCUGACUCCGGUCCCACCCCUCGAGCCUCAGAAUGAAGGACCACCAGGAAACCGGCUUCUAGUGGUGACUCCAUUCAUGUUGGAAGCCGGGGCAGCCAAGGAGCCCGAGGAGAAGGCCUUCUAUUCUCAGAACGAUUACAAGUCUAAAGCGCCACGUUUGCUAUUUAACCUGAAGGACAUCCGAAAGCGCGUGAAAAGCACCUACAGCCCCUCUCCUCUCCUGAGAGCCCUGGAGGACAAGGGCAAGAGGGAGGGCCACCUGAAGGCAGCUGCUAUGGCAACCGACGUAUUGGGUGACGACAGUGAAAAAGCGCUUGGUGGCACUGAUAAAGUUAAUAUAUUUGACCAGAUGGACUACAUCCAGGAAAAGGACAAUUUCACCAGUCUAAAUGAGAAUUUUAUCAGCGAUGAUGUACUCUUGAGCUUAUCUAAGUCAAGGGCAGGUGUUUUAAAGUACCAAAAUAAGAAUCAUUUGCAGCAAAGCGAUUCCGUGCACACGGAGGAGGCUGAGAGGGUCUCUGUGCAUGAACAGAGUGAAGCUCAACCUGCUCCUUCACCCAAACCUCACCUGGCAGGUGUAGCAGCCGCACAGCCAGAGGUCGUGCAGGAACACAAAGAUAAAAAUGUCACUUUGGGUCAAGAUGCCGAUGGAGCGUCUGGAAAUCUGCUUUAUCCGGCUGAAGGAAAGGCAGGUAACCAGGGACCUCAGGCCUGCUCCUCAGCUGGGAACGACCCCCAGGGCAGAAGAAGCCCCCAUGAUUCUUCUGAGCAGUCUUUUGUUACCACGGCAGACCAACCGCUUCCCGAGACGGCCUCUUCUCUCAUGCAGCUUUUCCAGAAAGCCUGUCUCCAGGAGAGCCAGCGAAGGAGGAACGACGCGGAUGAAAGAGAAGAGAAGAGCGACAGAGAGGGAGAGGAGAAAGCCAAGGAAGAGGAUUUCGUCCUGAAGCCCACUUUGUUCAUGAUUAAAGACAACACGUUUAAGUCUCCCCCUGUGACUAAAGCCAUCAAGCUGCCUCUGCUGAGGUCUUUGUCCUGUGAAGAAGCCCCUCCGGCCCCCCAAGAGAAUCCCAGGGAUGCCCAGGAGGACGGUGACGCCUUCGGUUACGCAUCGUCUCCAUUGAGUAAUUCAGCAGGUUCUUCCCUACAGAGUCCCAGGUCAGCUUCCGUGGGUCCAUUGUCAGAUACGACUGCAAACAUAUCACAGAGUGAGAAAGCAGCAGAUCACCCACCACACAGAGCGACAGGAAGCCCAGACCAGCCUUCUGCAACACCCACGCUUGAUCCAGAGCGAAGGGGUCAGCUCCCUGGAGAUGCUGACGGUCCUUUGGGGACGGAUGAAAGACUCCAGCUGGUGAGUCAAAUGGGAAGGACAACAGCCAAACCCCCAACGGUGCCACCCAAGACAGAGAAGGCGUUACGGCGGGCAAAGAAGCUGGCAAGUAGGAGGAAAAAGAUGGAAGCUCAACAGAAAAAGCUUCAGGAUGAAACUCUGGCCCAGAAUGAAGAUGCUUCAUCCCUGACACCCGUCCAAUCUAUGCGGUCUCUUGUCUGCCCCGAUUCUCCCUUGACUGCCCCAAAAUGCGAUCCGAUAAAGCACCAACCUCUGCUCCCCGUAAGUCCCACCCCCUCUUUGCCUGCCACUCAGCGGAAGCUGCUCCAGGAUCCGGAUUCAGGGGAGUUCUUCAUUGUAGAUUUACCGCUUCGGUUAAAGACAUUCUACGACCCAGAAAGUGGUAGUUACAUCCAAGUGCCAGUUCCUUCCUGCAGGAGGAACGUGUCUCAAACGCCCUCUCCAGAAACGUCCUUUCCUCCUAGUGCCUGGGGUCCCAGCACUCUCCCACCCAGGGUAGCCUCUGUUCCGGCCCUCCCGUCGUCAGCUCAGCUUUCUGAAAUGUUCACAAAGGCCUCGGGGUCGGUCUCAGACGAGCAGCCAGGGGGGGCCUCCUCUCCAGGGCCUUUAGAUGGCUCUCCCUGCCCAGAUCCACCUCUGCUUGAUAUCCGUGGCCAAAAUGUCGAUGGAUCCCCCUCAAACUUUGAAAAGGAUAUGAGCCCCUCUGCUGCUACGGAGAACGUCUCCAUGGGUUCGGCUGAAGAGUUUGUGGCCGAAGAAGGCGUAUUGUGA